AUGUGCUGGGGCGCCAUCACGGUGCCUCUGCAGGACGUGACGGUGGCUGAGUCGCAGACGGCGGCGCUGGAGUGCGAGGUCGCCAACGCCUCAGCUGAAGGUAGCUGGCUGAGAGAAGGUCAGCCGGUUGACUUCAAUGACAACGUGACGAGCGAGACGAAGGGCUGCGUCCGCCGGCUGCUCAUCUUCAUCACCAGGCCGCAGGACGUGGGGGAGUACAGCUACCAGGUGUCCAGCUCCAAGACCAGCGCCACCCUGAGGGUGGAGGCGGUGAAGAUGAAGAAGACCCUGAAGAACCAGACGGUGACGGAGACCCAGGACUCGGUGUUCUCUCUGGAGCUGACGCACAGCGGGGUGAAGGGCUCGCAGUGGAUCAGGAACGGAGUCGAGCUGCAGAACAGCGACAAGUUCCAGAUGUUCUCCGAGGGAACCGUGCACACUCUGAGGGUGAAGAGCUGCAGCACGCAGGACGAGGGGGUCUACUCCUUCAAGCUGGGGAAGCUGUCGGCCAACGCCCGGCUCAACGUGGAGACGAUUAAGAUCGUGAAGAAGAUAAAGGACGUGACGUCUCUUCUGGACGGCACCGCCUCCUUCGAGCUCAGUCUGUCUCACGACGACAUCCCGGUCCGAUGGACCUUCAACGGCUCGGAGCUGAAGAGCAGCGAGAAGAUCCAGAUCCUGUCGGAGAGGAAAGCUCACAAGCUGGUUCUGCAGAACGUGGACCAGAGCCUGGCCGGGGAGUACAGCGCCGUGGUGGGACACCUGCAGUGCAGCGCCACGCUCACCGUGGAGGCCCUGAGAGUCACCAAGCCUCUGAAGAGCGUCUCGGUGCCGGAGACGCACACGGCGUCCUUCGAGUGUGAGGUCUCUCACUUCAAUGUGCCGUCCACCUGGCUGAAGGACGGCGUGGUAAUCGAGAUGAGCGACAAGUUCAGGAUCGUGGUCCAGGGGAAACUCCACCAGCUGAAGAUCACCAACACGAGCCGAGAAGACGCCGCCGAGUACACGUUCGUGUGUGGGAACGACCGAGUGUCCGCCAAGCUCACCGUCACCCGUAAGACUCUUAUUCAAUCUAAAGGAAUCAAUAGAGUCUGAGGAGAGAGAGGCUGGAGGUCAGAAUGUACUGUCACCCUUAACAACGGAAGAGGAUGAGCUAGACAUGUCAUGUUGGAGAUCUGAAGAAAAAAAUUAAAUAAAUUG